AUGAAUCAAGGCGGCCGGGACCUCGAGACCAUUUGGGAAGACACAGAGGACGAAGUUGAUCUCCUCCAUGUCGACCCUGCCAACCUCGACCGACCUUCCAACCCAAUCGCUGCCGGAUCUUCUUCUCCCCCGCUUCCCCCCCCCUCUCACAUCCAGCACCCGAAUCUUCCUUCUUACGAGGACGAACACAGCAAUCAACUUGCCCUGCCCGCCCAGACCGAUCACACUGAUCAAAUCCUCGACGACAACGCCUCCGUCGGCGACUCUGACGGUCUCGGUCUAGACAGCACUCCUGAGACAGAGGGUGAUCUUUUGCUCGACUGGAUCCGCAACCACGCCGAAGCCCGUGACGCCGACCGCAACCACGACAAUAACGAAGCGGAUAUAACCUCUGAGCUCGAGGGCCCGGAUACCGACAGCGACGCCUCGUACGCGACGAGCACCAGUUCCUGGGAGCUCGACAGCCGCACAUCCAGCCAGAUAGUUUCUUUGCCGGAUAUCACGGAGGUGCUCGAGGUGAAGAACCUCGAGGUUGAGGCCACCGAGACUAGUCGGGCGAUUGCUAGACUCUGGAUCGGACACGCCAGCAUGAAUAAAGACGCCCACUACUCCUACGUCCAUUUCCACCACUCCUUCCACGCCGACCUCCUCGAAGAGUUCCGCAAGGACUCCAAACUCCCCAACGACGACAUUUACGUCCCGCCUCACCUCCAGCCUGUCAAUCCCGAGGACGAGGACGAUGUCGUCCCCGAUCAGCACGCCGCUUUCGGAAUUCAAAAGGCGACUCAGAAGGUGAAGGAGCCGGCUUGGAGGGACUUGGGGUUGGAGGAGCUCAUGUCGAAGGGCCCUGGGGGUGGGAAUGCUCACCAGGGUCCGUGGGCUAACAACAGCCGGCCUGGGACUUCGUCUGGUGCUGGGGCUGCUGCGGCCGGGGGUGCUGCUGGCCGUGGGAAUGCUGCCCCGCGCAGACGCCCUGGUCAUCGCGCUCCGGGGUCGGGGUACCGCGGCUUGCCGCGCUGA